GCCGCCUUCACACAGGCUCGGAGCAAAUAUGGGGCUUUAACCGACAAACAAUAGCGCUCGUUUAAAUCCACUCACCUGGAGUAAUUAUUACGCUGCGUUUCAUAAACCGGGUGAAUUUACGUAACAUUUAAUGACAGAUUCAAUUUACGCUGUCUGAAAGAGCAGACGGCGGCGGAAUUUCCGACUGAAUCUAGUGACUGUGAAGUAAAUCAUCUCCAGGACCGUGAUAUUGGCAGACGGACCGUGUAAACGCGGCCUGUAAAGGAGUUCCACCGUGCUUGGUCAUCGUGUAUAGAAAGAGAGGAGCCCACUCAGCCCUUCAGGCUCCUCAGCCAUGGAUCUCCUGGCCUACCUGAAGAGCCUGUUCAUCCUGCAGCUGCUCAUGGGCUUUGUGUUUGUGGUGAGCGGCCUCAUCAUUAACUUCAUUCAGCUGUGCACCUGCAUCAUCUGGCCAAUCAACAGGCAGCUCUACCGCAGAAUCAACUGCCGGCUCUCCUACUCUCUCUGGAGUCAGCUGGUGAUGAUGCUGGAGUGGUGGUCAGGAACAGAAUGCACUCUGUACACUGACCAGGCUACGGUGGACAAGUUCGGCAAGGAGCACGCCAUCAUCAUCCUCAACCACAACUUUGAAAUCGACUUCCUGUGUGGCUGGACCAUGUGUGAAAGAUACGGCGUCUUAGGGAGUUCAAAAGUGCUGGCCAAGCAUGAGCUGCUGAAGGUUCCUCUGAUCGGCUGGACCUGGUACUUUCUGGAAAUUGUUUUCUGCAAACGAAAGUGGGAGGAGGACCGAAAUACGGUGUUCGCUGGGCUGGAAAGGCUCAAAGACUAUCCUGAAUAUAUGUGGUUUCUGCUGUACUGCGAGGGAACCCGAUUCACAGAGAAAAAGCACCAAAUCAGCAUGCAGGUUGCAGAGAGUAAAGGCCUGCCCGUGCUCAAGUAUCACCUUCUGCCGCGAACCAAAGGCUUCACCACCACGCUGCAGUGUCUGAAGGGCACAGUUACUGCUGUGUAUGAUGUGACUCUGAACUUCAAAGACAAGCAAACGCCCACUCUUCUGAGCAUCGUCAAUGGCAAGAAGUACAAAGCCGACAUGCGCAUUCAGCGGUUUUCUGUGGAGGAUAUACCAGAAGAUGAGCAGGAGUGUGCCAGCUGGCUGCACAAGCUCUAUCAGGAGAAGGAUGCCUUACAGGAACAGUACAACAAGGAGGGCAAGUUCCCCGGGCCCACCAUUAUCCCGCGUCGCCGUCCAUGGACGCUGCUCAACUUCCUGUUUUGGGCCGCCCUUCUGUUAUCACCCCUCAUCAACUUUGCUUGUGGCGUGGUCGUCAGCGGCUCCCCUCUCCUCAUCAUCGGUUUUAUCCUCUUUCUCAUCAUUGCCUCCGUUGCUAUCCGCCGUCUCAUCGGGGUCACAGAGGUGAAGAAAACGGGCUCCAGUUACGGAAACCAAGAGGCCAAGAAACAAAACUAAACUGCUGGAGUCUUGAACCACAGCAAGGGCUCUGAAUGUGAAAACAGUCCUUAUCGAGGAAACGCCACCUGUUCCAGCUCUUUGUACCCACGGCACUAAAACACGACGCUCCAUUUUGCUAAACCGCUUCACACGUUUGGGAGUGUGUUGAACUUCUAACCAGACAUCUUAAAUGUAAUCCUGAGCAGGAGUCCAGUUCCUGAAGCGUUCCAACCCAACCCUGACACAUGACCGUCCUGCUGCCCUCACGGCUGCAGCCGUUCCAGGAAAUCCCGUCACCACCUGUCUUCAUGCAACCUCACAGCUGUUAACGUAGACUGUAGGAAGAUUUUUAACCUUCGCCUUAAAUCAAGCCUGCUCAGGCAAGGGAUUGCUUAUUUACCUCCCCUUUUAAAAAAAGAAGGAAAAAAGGUUAUUUCUGUUGUUCACCCUCUUCCUCCUAUAAAACAUUGCAUGGUUGGAGUAAAACAUUCAACAUGGGGAAGAGUGGAAAAAAAAAAAAAUCUCCACAGUUUUAUAAGAUUCGCUUUUUGUUGGAACCACUUGACAAUAUUCAGGUGGAUUCUUAGUAAGUUCUGUUUAAUAAACUCCAGUUUAAAUCUUUAAAUGGGAUUUAAGGGAAACUUUUUCAUCCAUAGGAACCUUUUGAUCUUGAUAAAUCAAACCUGCUCAUUCUGUUUUGGUUCUGAUAACCACUUUAAAUAUUUCACUUGGUUUCUAGCAAUGUUUGGAUUUAAUGUAAUUCAAAUGAAAACUUUUUUUUGUUUGUUUUGUUAAAUAUCGAAAAGUAAAACUGUAAUUGGAUUAGAGGCAGCUUUAAAUAUCUAAAGUAGGUCUAUAGGAAAAUGUUGAUUGUGUUCAUCUUAACAGUUUGGACUGAUCAAAGUGGGUUUCUUAGAACAUCUUCAUUUUGUUUAAUUAAAAAAAAACAAUUUAAAUCCGUGAAACUGCUUUUUGAAUGGUUUUGUCUUCUGUAUUCAAAAAUUUAAUAUUUAAACGUGAAUUAUAGGAAAUUAUUUUGUUUAAUUAAAAAAAAAAAACAUUUGAAGUUGAUUGGUUGAGGCAUUUUAUUUUUAUUUUUUUUGUUAAAAGUGUUUUUGUGGUUUUCUACACACACACGCCCAACUGUUAGUGGUGUGACCGUCUCAGUUUCUUGCUCUUUUUAAGCGUUUACUGAUCCAGAAUCCAGGAAGUAGUGGUUCAAAACGUGGCAGGGAUGUUGUCAGCGCCACAUCACAUCCUGGGGUCAUUUCUCUUCUACAGUAACAUGUUGUGUAAUUUCUUUUCUCAUAGCCGCCACGUAUCAGACAGAUUUCCUGCAAGCCUUAAUUAGUGCUAAUUGUGUAAAUGUAGAAGAUUCUGUGGAGAGAGGUUGAAAAAUGGAAAAGGAAAGGCGGGUUGGGAAAGUGUAUGAAGAAUUGUUUAGUUUAUUUUUGCACAAAAUUAGUUUAUGGUUUCUGUGUUUAAAAAUAAAAAAACUAGGAACUUUUCCUGCUGCUGUCUGUAAAAUCUAAACCGGAGUGGAAAUA